AUUAUGUAUAAUUAUUGAAUAUUUUGUUUUAAAUUUGUAUUAGAUAAAAAUAUGUUGAAAUUUGUAAACAAAUUAUUAAAUUUUCAAAAGAGUUCGUAGUGAAUCUAGUGAUCUUUACUUUGUUAAAUAGUCUCAUGGACUAGUCUAAGAUUCGGUAUCUUGUAAACUCAUUCUAAAUGGAAAAGGUAUGAAAUCCAGAUUAGUUUAAAAUAGUGAGAAUUACAAUCAACCAAAUAACAUUUAACUUCAAAGAGAAUUCUAGACUCAUAAUUCCACAACACCUCAUAUUAUCAGAGCUUAUAAAAUCUUCCAACAAAUAGCAAUUGACUACAUAUUAUUAAAAUUUUGGAAACUGACCCAAGCGCUAGUAAAUGAUGAAAGUGUGACAAAUGGUAUGAAACUGAUUCGGCCGACAAUACAUACUAACUAAUAGAGCCAAGAGAAGCCCAUUAAACAAUCUGAGAGUAGGCAACACAUGUUAAAUAUUCUGGAAGGGGAGGAGGUACUCAAAACUUAGGACGUACAACAUCGGCUUAUGUACUGCUUUGCGACAAAGCGUAGCAUUUAGGUUUAGUAGUCACUAAAACCUGAACCAUAAGUUUCUGUUCAUUGAAAGCCUCCUUGUAUAUAUAUAUCUCCGGUCUACUUUCAUUACAUUCCAACUCUCGACCACCUUCUUCUUUGUCUUUUGUCUUUUGUCUUUGCCAAUUCAUCUUUUUUUUUUCUAAAUAUAUAUAGCGUAGAAAAUAAUUACGUAAUUCUUGUCUUCUCCCUUGCUAUUUCACAUUAAUUAAAGAGUAAGGGCAACAUAUAAGUAACUGAUUCUGUCUUCGAAGCCUCUACGUGGCCUAAUCUCCUAAGUUUCUGCCAGCGUAUCAGACAACAAUUCUUUCUCCUUCCUUUGCAUAUUCAUCAAGGUAACCCACAACAGAUGACUAAUACCGAUUAUUAUCAUUCAAGUUUGUAUUCAAUACUAAUUAGUUUGUGAUUUUUAAUGACUAGUUUUUGAUUAACGAUGUAAUUCGUAGUAAUAGUUCUUUUUAACAUUAAUUCCGGCGGCUAUAAACUCUGUACUAGUUAAAUAUUGUGAAUUAAUACCAUGCAAGUUUGUAAUAAUUAGGUUGUGAUGAAUGAUUUGAUCGUGGUAAUUGAUCUUUUUAACAUUGAUUCCGGCGGCUAAUAAAUUAAAUAUUGUGAAUUAGUCACAUACGUUAGACCAUAACACAAUGUUAAUAUAUUCCCAUCCAUUUUUUCUUUGUGGUAAACAACACCAACUACUCUUUAUAUUUCUUUCAAAAUAAUAACAAUAUAAUUAGUUUUAAGUAGAUAGGAAAAAAAGAAUACAUCAACAAUAAAAAAGAAAGAAAGGCAACAACUGUGAAACAUGACUUAGCCACACACACAAAAUAAAAUUUGAGCGUUGAAAAUUGUGUGCAAGUCUUUGUAUUGAUCGGUUGAGAAGUGCCUCUCUUGUUUUCAUAUCCUCUUUCCUUAUUAUUAUUUUUCUCACCUUCUUGAUUUUCUUCUCUUCCCUGGCGAUGGCUGAAAAUAGAGAGGGAAUAUAUUUAAUUUUAUUAAAAUUACAUAUAUACGUAAAUGAGUGUAGGUGUUUGGUUGAUUAAUCUUCCACAUGAAGUUAUCUCCCAAGAGCUUCUCAAAUUUUAGUCUCUCCAAUGACGACGACGGUGUGGAGCUAAGACCUUCACCAGUUGCCGGCGGCGCAAUGCUGCCGGCUUUCCUCAGCAGUUUGAGUUGUAAUGGAAGCGGAAGCAGCUGGGAGAGGGAGCUCGUGGAGGUGACUCUUGAGCUCGACGGCGACGACUCCAUUGUCGUCAGCGGAAUGUCAGAGGCGGCGUCUGUUGAUACACGGCCAAGACUAAUGAGGAAUCUAUCAACGGCUCCUGCGAGGAUCAGGCAGACACUGGAGAAGUUACUAAGGUCGGAGUCGUCAAGAACGACGGUUUCUUCAGUAGGCGCGCGAGAGAUCUCGAUUGAGACGGGAAGGUUUGGGAGGAUACGGCAGACGUUGGGGAAGCUACUAAGGUCGGACUCGACAAGAACAACGACUUCUGUCGGCCGGGAGAGAGAUAUAGAAAGUCAGGGGAGAGAGACACCGAUCAUGUCCGCGAGAGAUAAACGGAAGGAAGAGGUGAAGCUGCAGCGAACGAGGUCAAGCGCCCAAAGAGCGUUACAAGGGUUACAGUUUAUCAACAAGACAACCAAAGGAAACAGCUGCGGUUGCGAUGAGAUGUGGAAGAAAGUUGAAAAGAGAUUCGAAACGCUUUCUAAAGAAGGGUUGCUUGCGCGAGAAUAUUUCGGAGAGUGCGUUGGGAUGAAGGAUUCAAAAGAGUUCGCGGUGAGUGUGUUCGACGCUUUGGCUCGAAGGAGAAGGCAGAAGCUGGAGAAGAUAACAAAAGAUGAGCUUCAUGAUUUCUGGUUACUCAUUUCUGACCAAAGCUUCGACGCGCGUCUUCAAAUCUUCUUUGAUAUGGCUGAUAGCAAUGAAGACGGGAGGAUCACCAAAGAAGAAAUCAAAGAACUCUUAAUGCUAAGUGCAUCAGCAAACAAGUUAGCAAAACUCAAGGAACAAGCAGAAGAGUACGCAUCUCUGAUCAUGGAAGAACUUGAUCCAGAGAAUUUUGGAUACAUCGAGUUAUGGCAACUCGAGACACUCUUACUUCAGAGAGACACGUACAUGGACUACAGUAGACCGCUUAGCACGGCAAGUGUUGGCAUAACUACACCAAGACGGAAUCUAAUUAAACCUCGUAGUGUGGUUCUAAAAUGUAGACGAAAGCUUCAGUGUUUGGUUCUAGAUAACUGGCAACGAAUAUGGGUGCUGUUUCUAUGGUUCACCGUCAUGGCCAUUCUCUUUGUCUGGAAGUUCUUACAGUACAGAGACAAAGCUGCUUUUAAGGUCAUGGGCUAUUGUUUAACCACUGCUAAAGGAGCUGCAGAGACUCUCAAGCUCAACAUGGCUCUAGUUCUGUUACCUGUCUGUAGAAACACCUUGACUUGGCUUAGAUCAACACGCGCUCGAGCUUUUGUUCCUUUUGAUGAUAAUAUCAACUUCCAUAAGAUUAUUGCUUGUGCCAUAGUGAUUGGGAUACUUGUUCAUGCUGGUACUCAUUUAGCAUGUGAUUUCCCACGGAUUAUAAACUCAACUCCGGAAGAUUUUGCCUUGAUUGCUUCUCCCUUCAAUGGUGUUAAGCCCACAUUCAAAGACCUGAUGACAGGUGCAGAAGGAAUCACUGGGAUCUCUAUGGUGAUCUUGACAACCAUUGCCUUCACGUUAGCAUCAACUCAUUUCAGGAGAAACCGUGUGAGUCUACCGGCACCACUUGAUCGGUUGACUGGCUUUAACGCAUUCUGGUAUACGCAUCACCUUCUGGUGGUUGUCUACAUUAUGCUCAUCGUGCAUGGGACCUUACUCUUCUUUGCUGAUAAGUGGUAUCAAAAAACUACAUGGAUGUACAUCUCGGUUCCUCUGGUGCUCUAUGCAGCAGAACGAAGUAUACGAGCUUGUAGGUCCAACCAUUACUCUGUCAAAAUCCUUAAGGUUUCUAUGCUACCAGGGGAAGUACUCAGCAUAAUCAUGUCAAAGCCUGCUGGGUUUAAGUACAAGAGUGGUCAGUACAUAUUCUUGCAAUGUCCAACAAUCUCUAGAUUUGAAUGGCACCCUUUUUCUAUUACCUCUGCACCAGGAGAUGAACAACUUAGUGUUCACAUCCGAACACAAGGAGACUGGACAGAGGAGCUACAACGAGUUCUAACAGUGGGCAAAGAUCUUUCAACAUGCGUUAUUGGGAGAACAAAAUUCGCUGCCCAUUGCAAUAUUGACUUACAAGACCGACCGAAGUUACUAGUAGACGGUCCAUAUGGAGCUCCAGCACAGGACUACAGAAGUUAUGAUGUCUUGCUCCUCAUUGGAUUGGGAAUAGGAGCUACUCCUUUCAUAAGCGUCCUCAAGGAUCUCAUGAACAAUUCAAGAGAUGAACAGAUAUUAAAUGAGUUCAGCAGAUCAGAUUUUAGCUGGAAUAGCUAUACAUCUUCAUAUACCACACCGACCCCAACUUCAACACAAGGAGGGGAAAAAAAGGCAGUGAAGGCUCACUUUUACUGGGUCACAAGGGAGCCAGGAUCGGUUGAAUGGUUUAGAGGAGUGAUGGAGGAGAUAUCAGACAUGGACUACAGAGGCCAGAUUGAGUUGCACAACUAUCUUACAAGUGUAUAUGAUGAAGGAGAUGCAAGAUCAACCCUGAUAAAGAUGGUCCAGGCUUUGAACCAUGCCAAACAUGGAGUUGAUAUUCUAUCCGGAACACGGGUGAGAACACAUUUUGCAAGACCCAACUGGAAGGAAGUUUUUGGUAGCAUAGCAAGAAAGCAUCCAAAUUCAACAGUCGGAGUGUUUUACUGUGGCAUACCAACCGUGGCAAAGGAGUUGAAGAAGCAAGCACAGGAAAUGAGUCAAAAGACAACCACAAGGUUCGAGUUCCAUAAGGAAAAUUUCUAAUUCGAUGCUACAAGUCAAGCUUCUAUCAUCACUUUAAAGAAAGUGAGAUUUAAAAUGACGCCAGCCACUAUUUUUCUCAUACUAAGUUCAUAGCCAUUUAGGAAAAUAGAUCAUAUAUACUAUUUGUAUAGACCGGCCUAAAGGCAUGAAAAUAACACAAAUAUAAGUACUUUACUAAAUGAUAUAUAGGUCUUUUUCCAGAGCUGCCCCAAUUUGUAUUUCCAUUACCUCAAGCUAUUUGUAGUCGCAGAGGAAGAAAAUAUAAAACAAGAAAGGUUUCAUGGACAAAAUGCCUUGUCUAAA